AUUAAAUUUGCUGUAGCUUUCUUUAUGUCCGAGUUUGUACGUUAAGGACUGAGUGAGUAGUUAAGAAUGUAAGGAUUAGACAUAACUGAUUUGUCAUGAUAACAAUUGAUUAAUCGGUUUUCUCACGUGUCAAACUAGUAAUUUUAGCACAAAAAACUGAUAAAAUACAAUAUUAGAAAAGAAUAGAGAUUUCAUAUGGUAGCGCUUUUUCUCAAAUCUGGAAAUUCUGUAGUUUAUCUGUGAAUAAUCACCAAUGAUAAAUAUGACUACACACAUGUGAUAACAGACCCUUUUCAAAGAAGCAAAACAGAACUAUAAGUUUCAGCGGUACGUUUACACGAGAAAUAUUUUGCACUACGGUCUCCUUUAAAAUUAUAAUUGAACUUUCUAAGCAAAUAACAAAUGUAAAAUUUUCGGAUAUUUAUAUAUUAAUUCAUAAUGCUUUAUCCAAUGGUCAGGAAUGAUGCCACUUUCAAUCGAUUUAAAUGGAUUGAUGUCUUAGAUCUGAAUCCCGGUCAAAACUACACGGAAUUUCCGAUGAUAGUGGAAAGAUUUGAAGGAUUUCUCAAACAGCAUGGAUAUAGUAAGCUGGAUGCGAUUGGUGAGAAAAGAGUACAUCUAGAUCUUCAACUCGUUUCUACUUUAAGUCUGGAUGGAAUUGGUACCAAACAAUUCUACGCAAAACCGCUUUCAGAAGUAAAUAAUGUAUGGAUGUUUCUAGAUGGUAAGAAAACGCUCAAUGUAAUAAAGAAGGUUAAUUGCAUCGGCUUGUGCUCUUGGAGUGGUGAUUUUAUGGAAGAAUUGCAUCGCAGGAUAGCUUCUUCUCCUGAUCCAACUGCAACUUUUCAACUUGCCUUGAAAAUAAUAGAAAAACUAUACGUCAGAUAUUUACCCAGACAUCGACUCUUCAAACAAAUGACAUUGUAUUGGACUCUUUUAAGAAAUUUAAUUUUAUCGCGUCAGAUAAAAACAAGAUGGACCCGACUUGUGGUGGGCAUUUUUAAAACAUUUUGCCUUAGGCAGGAUGUCUACCGAGAUUUUUUUAGAAACAGUCUGGAUUUAUGUUUCUUUUUCAAAUGUGUUCUGAUAGAGAAGUUCCCUGUCUGGGGAUUGUGGCGUGAAUCAUUGAUAGCUGAAGUAACUAUGUGCUCAUGUUUCCUCAGUACAGACACCAGGAACUUUUUACAUGUUCUAACAGUUGGUGUGAAGUCUGUUUUUUCUCCUAUGCUUUAUGGCAAACUAAAGGCAUGGAUUAUUUAUUAUUACAAAAAUGAUCUUGAAGCAGCUGAAAGGAAAGAAUUCAAUGAUAUCCUAAACGACAUGAAUAGACAGAGAAAAACAUUCCGUGUACUGCAAGCGUAUUUCUUAUUAAAACAUAAUUCAGUGAAAGCUCUAAAAUUGCUAUGGUGCUCCAUACCCGAUCCUUUUUUGACAAGCAGUGACUUUUUAUGUUUAGCUGGCAACAAUGACUUUUUAUUGGUGGAAGUUUUACGUGUUUGGAUUUUGUACGAAAGAUGCGUAAUUGGCACCACUCACCUUGUAUCUACACCCAGAACGCUAAAGCAUCUGUCAAGAUGUGCGGUACGAUCAAGUCUUGCGGACUCUUUUCAGCUUCCCAAAGGUAUAGAGAGUCUCUUUAUACCCCGGACUUUGCACCAUUAUUUAGGAAUAGUGAAUUUGAAUGAUAUCUGAUUGAAUUUUAGUGUAAAUUUAUCAACAAGGGAACAGUCUGCAUUUUUUAGGUAAAAUAUUUUCCAAACAGUGAAAAAUUUUAUGAAAUUCUUUCCAUAUAUAAGCAUAAAACUGCUUAUAAGCAGCAAAAUUUAUUGAUUACCACUGUUGGUUUGAGAUUAUUUUCCGUGAUUGUUAAGCAGCGAGCCUGUUUGAGAAGAAAUUUUCACUAAACAACGCAGAGUGUUUCUUUGUUAGUUGAGCAAAAAAGAUAAGUGAUUUUGUGAAAUGUCAAAUGAAAUGUGAAAUUUUGUGAAAGUAUUUGCUUGCCAUAAGAGAUAGUAUGUUGUGUACAUAGUUUAAUGUAAUUCUACAUGGGUAUGCAAUAGCGAAGUAAUAAAGUUACUUAAUUAUUAA